GUUUCACAUUUGUUGAAACGUAGAUGAAACAUGGGAGCAUUUUUUUGUCGGCUGGUGCAAGAAAAACAUAAACAAUUCUCGAAAAUUAACAUUUUCUGUGGGUUUUGCUGAAUCUUUUGCCAAUUUCUAAGCCAUGGACGAGGACUUUGAAGAUGAGGGAUGGAUGGGACGUCAUAGAGUUGGAGAUGAAGAGUCUGAAAAUCCGGAGCACAUGGAAAACCCCCAGGAAGUACUCAAUGAGUGCCUGGAGAAGUUCUCCACAUCAGAUUAUAUCAUGGAACCGGGAAUUUUCACUCAGCUCAAGAGAUACUUCCAAGCGGGAGGGACUCCGGAGCAGGUUAUCAAUCUUCUGUCGCACAACUACACAGCUGUGGCACAGAUGACCAAUCUCAUAGCUGAGUGGCUCAUAACAGCUGGUGUGAAGGUCGUGGAUGUGCAGGCGAUGGUGGAGAAUCACUUGAAGGACAUGAUUUUGAGAACAUUCGACCCGAAGAAGGCGGAUACUAUUUUCACGGAGGAGGGAGAAACCCCAGCAUGGUUGACGGAAAUGAUUGAGCAUCACACAUGGAGAUCACUCAUAUAUCGUCUUGCUGAAGAGUAUCCGGACUGCCUUAUGUUGAAUUUUACGAUAAAAUUGAUUUCCGACGCGGGAUUUCAGAGCGAAAUUACGUCAAUUUCCACAGCUGCCCAGCAGAUUGAGGUGUUUUCGCGCGUCCUCAAAACUGCCAUCACGAAAUUUCUCACAAAUCCCGAUGAUGCCCAAAAUUCAAUUCUCGAAUGUGCCAAAAUGGUUUGUCAUGGACAACACACGUAUGUCUACAGCCAAGUUCUAAUACAGGUCCUGUCUCAAGAGACAAAAGGUGGAUUCAAUAUGAAAAGCUUGUCGCAGGAAAUCACAAAAUAUGCUCUCCAAAUAAACCAAAAUGUGACUCCAAUUACAAUGGCACUAAAUGGAUCAGCUGGCUACCCACAAGCAUGUGAAGCCUUGACAUCUAUGCUGUCACGAAACACCCUAAAUCCUGCUGAUAUUAACGUUCUCUAUCGCAAUUACUCUGUUGUGGAUCCACCUCCGAUUGAUCUUAUUCGUAACCCCCAAUUUCUCGAUCUUCUCGUGGAUUCGCUCUUUAAGGCCGGCGUGAAGAUUAAUCCGGAGCACAAAUCCAAAUACAUCUACUUGCUGGCCUAUGCGGCAAGUGUGUGUGAGACAACAUCAAAGAAAGGGGGGCAGUUGAAGCGCAUGAUCAACAAGGAUGAACUGAAGAAUACAACUCAAGCCAUAGAGAAAGUUCAUGCAAUUUGCAAUGUUAACAAGGGCUCAACGGAGCUCAUUGCUGAUCUUCAGGUGCUCUACAAUUGUAUCCGGUACCCAGUAGUCGGGGUAGGGGUAAUACGUUGGGUUGAGAACACCGUAACGGAACCGUCUUACUUUAAACUCUCAACGGACAGUUGUCCACCGCAUUUGGCCCUUUUGGAUGAAGUAGCAACCGUGCAUAGUUCGUUGCAUCCUCAAAUUCUUCGCCUGCUAAUACGUUUGUUUGAGUCAAAGCAAGAUGAGCUUGAAAUUCUCGUUCAGUUGGAAAUGCGCAAAAUGCUCCUCGAUCGGAUGGUUAACCUCCUCACCCGCGGGUGUGUUGUACCCGUUGUUAAGUACAUUAAACAUUGCUGCCAGCGCGGGGAUACGGACAUCUCCCUCAUUCGGUACUUUGUCACAGAAGUCUUGGAAACCAUAACACAUCCAUACUCUCCGGAAUUUGUUCAGCUCUUCCUGCCAAUGGUGGAAAAUGAAGAAAUAACAGGAUCAAUGCGUGGUGAAGGUGAUCAGGAUCCCGUCUCUGAAUUUAUUGUUUACUGCAGACCUGUUGGGCGACAAUGAAGUGAAAAUUCUGCAAAAAGUAUUCAGAUUGAACAGCAAUCCAGCAUGGAAACGCGAACAUGGGACCGUGAUAAGAUAGAGUGGAUUUUAUAGCAAUUAACAAAUUGAAAAAUAAAGCUGUGUAAUGAAAAUACACAGAAAAAAAAUUAAAGACGCCACUGAAGAUUUUUUAAAAAUUUCUUUUACAAUUAGUUUUAAAAAAAAUUAUUAAUUUUGUCGUUCGGAGGAUUUGCUUGUCAUCAUGAAAUUGAACUUCUAGAGUGGUUCAGUGGCAGUAAGUUUUUUUUUUAAAGGAGUGGGUAUUGAUUUCAUUAAAUUUAAUAAAAGAUCUUUUAAAUAAAUUUUCGACUAUUUAUGUAUUUGAA